ACCCCAUCUAAAAAAAACUUAAGAUCGAAUACAUUUUCUUUAGUUUAAUCCAUAAUGGAGAUUCCAAUUUCAUGGAUAUUCUCAGUCAUCAUCUUCCUUCUAAUCCCAAUUUUAAUCAUCCUAAAAUUAUUAAAACCCAUUAAAAAACUUAAUUUACCUCCAGGACCACGAAAGCUACCCAUCAUAGGCAACCUGCACCAGCUUGCAUCUAAAAAUACCCCACCACACCACCGUCUACAGGAGUUAGCAGGGGUGUACGGCCCUAUAAUGCACCUUCGACUAGGGGAAGUCCCCACCGUGAUCAUCUCCUCUGCCGACUUGGCAAAGGUGGUAAUGCGUGCUCAUGACGCCAACUUCGCUAAUCGGCCUGAGCUUAUAGUGGCUAAGGACUUGUACUAUGACUACUCUGACAUUGGGUUAGCCCCAUAUGGGGAGUACUGGAGGCAGGUCCGUAAGAUUGCCACGCUUGAGCUCUUCACGGCUCGACGGGUUCAGUCGUUUCGAGCCAUUAGGGAAGAGGAGACCACCAACUUUAUCAAGUCUAUAGCCUCUGAGGCUGCUCAAGGGUGCUCGGUUAAUCUCAGUCACAGAGUUUUUGGCCUUAUUUUCGACAUUACAUCCAGGUGAUAGCAUUUCCCUGGCCCUGUGUGUCCUUGCGUGUUGCUUAGCUGACGCCAGAGAAUCAAGCCCCUUGCUUCGGCGUUAUAUACAUUUUACUUAGCAAAUCCAGGACUAUCCACAUAAUAAUAUAUCCUAUCAAUGGUCAAAGAGUUCCUUUUUUCAGGAGGUGCAGUCGCAAAAGUUCAUGAUUGCAUUUCCCUGGGGUGGGCUUUCAUUCUCUCAUAAAGACUCUGGCUUGCGAAAUCAAUUUCCUCCUGUCCAGUCAAGAAAAGAAGAAUGUCACCUCAGGCUCAGUCACGUGGAUUUGAAGUGAUGUGAUUAUAGCAGCAUCAAGUAAUCAGUUUCAGGUUGGCUUUGUAUACAAAAGCUCAACACUAUAAGUUAUACCCAGCUAUCUUGAAGAUAUUACAGGCAAAGAAAUAUGAAGAGAAUUUCUCUGCAUCCAAUGUAUCAGAGGUGACAAUGAGACGAAGAUCAGGCCUCCGAACAAGAAGCUGUUUUAGCAACCGAAAAAUCUGUAUGAGUAAUUCUCUAAUUAACGCGCUCCAUCAAAAGCAUUAUCAUUGAGUACUCCUUGAGAGUCUCAUCAGUCAGAAUCUCCCUGAGAAGCAUACCAUCUGUCAUAUACUUAACCACGGUUUUAAGACCCGUACAAUCCUAAAAACUGAUAGCAUAUCCGACUUCCUCCCCAAAUCGACAACCAAAUUCGUCAGUGACCCUCUUAGCCACCGACUUUGCUGCCAUUCUACGAGGCUGAGUACACCCAAUUUUACACUUAGUAGUGUAACCUACUAACCUGCUUCUGAAAGAUACUGAGUUACUUGGGUUAUCUUCCCUGAUCCAGUCUCACCAAUCAAAACCAAAACUUGAUUAUUCUUCACAGCCUCCAUCAGUUCAUUCUUCAAUCUAUAUAUGGGUAAAAUUUGUUUCUGCUCAAGAAUUGACAGCUUAGACUUCUUCCCAAAAUCCAAAACCUUACCAUUAGCUUCCACCUUCCAUUCCGGCAUAUUAAAUGCCUUCCCAAGGCCUGUUAAGAUCCAUUGAAACCGAAUCGACCAACAUUCUCUCUUGUUGCUCGCGAACUUCUCUGCUUUCCUUCAUCAAUGCAUACCCAACAGCUGCCGCACGACUCAAAGACCCCUGUGGAAGUGUGGAUUCUUGAAAAUCCUAACAGGUGAAACAUCACAAGAGAAGCUUGUUUUCCCCCUCGUAAAACGCAGGAUCAUCAUCUUCAUUCAACUCUAUUUCUAACUCCUCCUCAACACCUUCGUUUUUAUUAAACUCCUCCACAAUACUAUAACUAGAUUACAUCCCGUGCACGCACGGAUUUUGAUAAAUUUUUUUACAAAAAUUUAACUGAAUAUCUUCCAAACUACUGCAUAUUUAAAAUGCUAAUAUGGUUUACCAAAAUAUUGAGUGAUAUUUUUCCAUUAUUAAUAUAGCGAAUUGAUUAAAAUAUUUCCAAUUUAAAAUAAUUAUUAUUAAUUCGUAUCUAUUAUUGCCAAAAUUAAUAAACUAAAUUUUUUUUUUCAUACAUAAAUAGUUUAUAAAAAAAAAAAAAAAGUAGAGAAUAAAAAUAAAAUAAAACAGGUACAUUUUUUUUUGGAAAGUGGUUUUUGGCGAGAAAAAAUUGCACCAGGAAUUGACACGUGUCAUUUCUGGUGUCUCUUUUAGUAUAUAGUAACUAGUAUAAUACCCGUGCGAUGCACGAUUUACAUUAUAAAUUUAUAUGUAAUUUUCAUGAAAUCUAAACAUAUUUGUUGACAAUUACCAAAAUAGAGCUUGUACAUAUUCUUCUAAUUAAAAUUAAUGAUGGAUAUUUGUUCUUUCCCCAUUAUGUAUUUUACGUAAUUGAAAAAAUAAAAAUAAAACAAAUAAAGGUACGUAGAUAAAAUUAUUUUCAUUUCCAUUCAUCACUUGUGUCAAACAUAAAGUUAUUCUCGUAUACCCUUUAUUUUGAUGGUCAUACCCACCUAGUACUUGCCCCACUAUUUACCACGUUACUCCAUUGUUUAACACUUACACACUUCACGUACUUUAUUCAGCUAUAGAUGACUUUUACGCAUUUUCACAGCUUCUUAACCUGAAAUGGUCGGGGAGAGGAAAUGUUCUUUUUUUUAGGGUACUCCCGAGAUUAGAUCUAGUGGAGACAGGGGGGCCUGUAGCUCAGAGGAUUAGAGCAUGUGACUACGAACCACGCUAUCAGAGGUUCGAAUCGCUCCUUGCCCACAACCGACCCCAAAGGGAAAGACUUUUCCCCUUUAGGAGUAGAAAAUCAUGAUCGAGAUUGUCCCUCCACCCCUAUAACCACCUACAAACUUCAUCCUCAUCCCCGCCACCCACGAUAUGUAUGUCGCCCAUCUACAAAACAAAUUUCAUUUCCGCUCCAACAGCCACCCGUUUAUCUUAACCCGCCUCAAAGUUCAAACACACCUUAUACCCGGGGGUUUUUUUUUUGUUCGAGAGUUUUUAAUUUUUAAACUCUGUUUUAGAUAUUUGGCAAUUUGUCUUAUUGGAGAAAUUGAAUGAAUAAACAAAAUGUUAUAAUAUAUAUAAAUGUAUAAUCAAUUCAAUGAAGGAUAUGUGAGGUGCAUCUACAAAACAAUCUACAUUUUUGCUCCAACAUCACCACUUUAUCCAAACCCGCCUCAAACCCAUCCUAUACCCGAGUUUUUUUUUGGUUGGAGAGUUUUUAAUUUUUAAACUUUGUUUUAGAUAUUUGACAAUUUGGUUGGCUUAUUGUGGUCACUGAAUAAAUGAAAAAAUAUUACAAUAUGUAGGUUAGUUGAUAUCCAUAAUCAAUUAGAUGAAGGAUAUGCGAGGAGAAAGGCCAGGUUCAAUCUAAAAUCCAUCUUUACCUUGUCACCCGAGAUACAUCUACAAAACAAAAUUCAUUUCCGCAUCACCCACCUAAUUAAAGAUUCCUACACUCCCCCCCCCCCCCCCGCGGCGGUUGAGUAGGAGUCUCCCGAAAAACCCGCCCACCGAUAAAAUGACAUUUCUAUAUGUGGUAAAUAAUUCAUGUUACCUUCAAUUAAGUUUCGAAUAUACUCAUAGCCUUCGACCCUUUUGAUUGCUCCAUAUCCAAAAUUCACUUUGUUAAAAAUUGAGUUUAAAAUGUGCACAUGAGUUGAUAAAGCUGUCACAUGAUGAGAGAGCAAGUGGGAAAACUUUUCGUUUAAUGUAUGAAGUAAUUUUAAAGGGACACCCCAAAGAUGAAUAUGAAAAAAAUAAAAGGAAGGAUUGAGUGUUGAAUCAAAGACUUGUGAAAGAGUAGUGAAGUGACUUUUUUAAAUAUAUUUCCUUCGUUUAUAUAUAGUUGGAAUAUACUCUUUUUUCUCACUUUAAAGAAAGUAGAAGAUAAGGAAAUGUCAUUUUAUCAGUGGGCGGGUUUUUAUUUAAUCUAUGAGAGGUAAGUAUAUAAUAAAGAAAGUAAAAUGAGGGAGAAAUGUCAAAUCAUACAAAGUAGUUUUCUAUUUAUAGUGUUGCAAGUAUUGUGAUUUUUUUGUUUUAAGGAACUGUUGCAAAUAAAAAGAAACAGAUAAAUUUUAUUUUAUACAUUUUUGUAAAUAAUAGUUGAAAUUCUUAUAUUAUACUCCAUCCACUCCAUAAUGAUGUUUCAAUUUUUAUUUUUUCCAAUGCACAUUUUGUAUCAUUUAUAUCUCUAAUGAUAUAUUAGCAAAAAGAGAUAAAUUUUACUACGUAUUGUAUAUACCCCGUAGUAUGCGUGCAUACCCAUUUGAAAUAAACAUACACUCUAGUAUAUUUAUUUUGAUCAUAACUUUAUGUUAAGAAAAUU